CCGGCGGGAAAAGCCAGGAUCACGUUUGUGCUGUAGGGGCCCCACAAAUACCAGCAAAUACAGGAGGGUGUUUUAAAAAGGCACCGGUUAGGAGAGCACAGGCCGGCUGGUUUUACGAACGGCUCGAAAAUUCGGCACACGUCGUGUUGUGGCGGGGUACGUUUGUUUUAGGGGGGAAAAACAAAAGGUGACACCUGGCGCACAAAUCGAGGAGACGGCCUGUUCAGGCGCGGCUCGUGGGAUCGGGUGACUACGUAUGACCUCUGCCCCAAGCCUGCGCAUGCCCAAACAAGACAGAAAAGCGACAUUGGCAGCGAGGGGAUCUAUGGAGCGAGGGGAUCAUGAGGAGCGCUGCCUGCGGCAUGUCCAGCCGGCCGACAUGCAUCCAAAAACAGGGUCGUGGGCAACGGCCACUUGGGUUUAUUAGUGCACGGCACGCUGGACCAGCAGAAAAUUGCUUGAGGCAUGACUGCGGGGCCGGCGCGCCUGCACACGGCCAGCGGCCGAUAAAGGAGAUGCGGCGAAUGGAACCUGGUCGAAAACAAACACGGGGUAGUCACGUGCGCGCGACAUUCCACCCCGCCACAGCUCCGCGGCCAGGCCCCGGCGGAGCAAGAUUGCGGCAUGCUGUUGUGUGUGUUGAGAAACCGCAGUGUUUGGAGUUCGGCGCUUUUAUCGUUCGGCGUGCUUAUAGUUCGGCGUGCCCGUAUAAGGCGUUUUUUUUUUCUUCAUUAAAGCGGGAGGUCGACAUUUUCCGGGCGCCGCGGGACAAAGCGCACGGGCCGGGAUCUGGUUUACGCGCGCCUGCCGACUUUACGACCCCAACCAGGCCUGAAACGGCGAGCCCCUUGGGCGCGCGCAUGCGACAAUCUCCUGCCCCAAUGGAUGUGUCUUUUUGCGGCGGAGACCGUCUUUUCUGAUCGCGUAGCGGGCAGGAAUUUGGUUCUUGGGUCAUCUCGUGGGUGUUUAUUGGCGGUGUCAUGUCGCGGGUGUUUAUUGGCGGUGUCAUGUCGCGGGUUUUUAUUGGCGGUGUCAUGUCGCGUGCAUUGAUUAGCUGGGCAUGUCGCG